AGUUAGACAAUAUUAUAUCAUUCCUAUUUUCUCCUGUAAAAUGCUGACCAUAGGUUAGUUAGAGAGAGAAAUCAAAUCCCACUCUCUCACUCUGUCUUCUCUAUUCUUCUCUAAUGUCUUCCUCUGUCAUGUAUUCCCCAUCAACAGCCCCUUCAUCUUCCACACCCAUUUCUUCCCACUCAAAACUGUCCAAACUUUGCAGCUUUAAGCAGAAUAAUGCAAAAAUCCUCUCACAUUCUUCUCUGUUUGGUAAAUCCUUGACAAUAACAACUAAUGAUUUACACGCAAAUCAAAUAAGUAGAAAAAAAAGUACAAGUGUUGUGAGAUGCUCUGUUUCAUCCCCUGCCAUUCCAGCAGCUCUUCUCUUUGAUUGUGAUGGUGUGCUUGUUGAUACUGAGAGAGAUGGUCACCGGGUUUCUUUCAAUGAUACCUUUACUGAAAGGGGACUGGGUGUCUCUUGGGAUGUAAAUUUGUAUGGCGAAUUGCUCAAGAUUGGAGGUGGUAAGGAAAGGAUGACUGCAUACUUUAAUCAGACGGGCUGGCCAGAAAAGGCUCCUUCAGGUGAUGCAGAGAGAAAGGAUUUUGUUGCUUCUCUCCACAAGCAAAAGACAGAGCUGUUUAUGGCACUUAUUGAGAAGAAACUGCUGCCUCUUCGGCCAGGUGUUGCAAAGCUGAUUGAUCAGGCUUUCUCAAAAGGAGUCAAAGUUGCUGUGUGCAGCACAUCUAAUGAGAAGGCGGUUUCUGCGAUAGUUUCAUGCUUGUUGGGACCUGAGCGAGCAAAGAAGAUCCAGAUUUUUGCGGGAGAUGUGGUCCCUAAGAAGAAACCCGACCCUGCCAUUUACGUACUAGCAUCCACAACCCUCGGUGUUGAUCCUGCAAGUUGUGUUGUGAUCGAGGACAGUGCCAUUGGUCUUGCAGCAGCCAAAGCAGCAGGAAUGAAGUGUAUAGUGACCAAAAGCGGUUACACAGCUGAAGAAAACUUUGAGAACGCAGACGCGGUUUUUGAUUGCAUUGGAGACGCUCCAGAGGAGAGAUUCGACUUAGAUUUCUGUGGGAGCCUUGUCGCAAAGCUGUAUGCCAGUUAACCUGUCUAUGUAAUAUAGAUGAGAGAGCUUAUAAUUUGUGAAAUGGUUUUUACUGAAUGUACAAGGUCUGAGCAUGCACUUGGAUAUUCUUCUACUAAGUAAUGUAUAGGUGUAAAUGAUAUUGAUUCUUGCUAAUGAGUUAAUUCACUCCAUUGUUCCAUGAAAUAAGCUAUUAAUGAAACCCUCACUUCAUUGUUUUUUUUUA